UUCCGAUGAUGAUGAUGAUAAUAAUGAUAAUAAUGGUGGAUUCAUGAAUGAAACAAAUUUGAAUGAUGAAGAAGAUUUAAAUCAAACUGUGAAAAUGACAUUACGUAAACCAAUCAUAAUUGAUAAUAAUGGUGAUGAACCAAUGAAAAUAUCAAAACGUCGUAUGGUGAAAUCAUCAUACUCCAGAACACGGAGUAAUCAAAAUAAUCUCGGUCAUUAUUCUGAAGAAGAUGACGAUAAUGGAAUGGAAGACGAUACUGAAGACGAAGAAGAAGAAUUUACUUUUAUUCGUCGAAUUCAACGAUUUUUUAUUACAACUGUACGUCAUAUACCAUAUAUUGGAUCCAGUGAUUUAAUCAUCAAUAAUAAAGUGCCAUCAACAAAUAAUAAUGAUUUAAAUUUAAAUGAAACUUAUACAUCAUCAUCAACGUCAUCAAGAUUGAAUGUAUAUCAAAAUAACGAUCAUAUGGGUGGUGAUUCAAUGUUUUUUCUUCCAAAAACCAGUAGUAGUGGUACAUGGUUCCGUCAACGAAUCCGUAAUAAUCACAAUCUUGUUGACAAUGAUGAAGUGAUGAUAGAUUCUUCUAAAUUAGGAUUCUGCUCACCAGGUUUUUGUUUCAAAAUUUUUCUUGGCCUUUUUCUUUUCCUAUUCUUAUUACCAUUAUUGAUAAGUUAUUUAUUGGGUCCUGGAUCAUCAUCAUAUUAUCAAAUGUUACAAUGGACAACAAAUGCUAUUGAUUUACAUUCAUCAUCACCAUCAUCAUCAUCGUUUGUUGAACUUUUUUCAUCAUUAUCAAUAUGGCCAAGUUUCUUAUCCUUGAAUUCAUUAUCAAAAUGGCCAUCAUUAUUUUCAUCAUAUUCACCACCAGCUGGUGAAUCUUAUCGUUCUGUUUUUGAUUCAGAAAUUUCUGCCUUACGAAAGGAACUUUUAUCAUUGAAAGAGAUGAAUCAACAAAAAUAUGAUUCUAUUUCGAAUCCUGCUGCCUCUAUGCCACCACCUACUAUAAUGGAUCCACGUCUUGUAGAACGUAUCCAUGAAUUGGAAUCACAAUUAACAACAUGUUGUAAUCGUUCAAAUACAACUACUUGGGAUCGUGUUCGAAGUGAGAUUGAGAAUGAAAUCACUAGAAAUAUGGAUUCGAAACUAUCUCAAAUGCAACAACGUUAUGAUGAAGAAUUAAAAUCUCAAGUGGAAAAUGUUCGAUUGAAUUUAAUUCAAUUAAUUGACGAAUAUCGUAAUCGUGUGGAUAUGAAUCUUUCAAUGAUUAUCGAUCAGAUUCGUUCGGAAUUAAUUGAACAACAACAAUUAGUACAACGCCAAAAACACACGGGUAGUUCGAACAUUAAAAUAGAUUCAAUAUCAUUGAUUGAUGUAGAACGAUUGAUACACUCAGCAUUGGCUAAAUAUGAUGCGGAUAAAACUGGUGAAGCAGAUUUUGCUCUAGAAUCUUCUGGUGGUUGGAUUAUGCAAACCCGAUGUUCUGAAUCAUAUGAAUUAUCAUGGGGAACCUAUAAAAUAUUGGGUCUGACUAUUUGGCGUUCAAUAAAUAGUCCACGUGUUGUAAUUCAAUCCGGUGUCGUUCCGGGUGAAUGUUGGUGUUUCAAAGGAUCUGAAGGUCGUUUAGGUAUUCAUCUAUCGGCACGUAUAAUACCGACAGCAUUCACGUAUGAACAUAUACCAGCUGAAUUAUCACGUGAUGGUCAUAUAAAAUCGGCUCCAAAUCGUCUUAUUGUUUAUGGACUUCGUCAUGAACAUGAUUUAGAUCCAAUAAUAUUAGGGGAAUAUCAUUAUCAAAUUGAUGAUGGUGAACGUCCAUUACAACAAUUCCUGGUACAGAAUCAAGAAGCAGCAAAACAUACAUUCGAUAUGAUUGAAUUGAAUGUUAAAUCCAAUCAUGGUCAUCCAGAUUAUACAUGCCUUUAUCGAUUUCGUGUACAUGGUAUUCAUCCGUCCAUUACGAAUGCCUGAUAACAACAAAAACAAAAUUGAAAUUUGUAACCAAAAAAAAGUACGUGUUUUCAUACACCAUCCAUAGUGAUCAACAAGUGUCAUAAUAAUUAUAUUCACAUCAUUUCACACUCUACUACUAUUAUCACCAUUACCGGUCAUAUAAUAAUCACACACAAAUUCAUCAAUUAUGUGUAUUCUUCAAAUACUUAACCUCGGUGAACACAAGGCUAAAAUAAUUCCAAGUCAAAUUUGAUCAUCAUCAUCAUAAUCAUCAUCAUUUGUUAAAAAAAUAUGAAUUUCUUUUAUCCAACUUGUUUUCAA